GGUGCUUCAAAGAUGACCGCAUCGUGUUCUGGACUUGGAUGUUCUCAACUUAUUUUAUGGAGAAAUGGGCCCCCAGGCAGGAUGAUAUGCUCUUCUAUGUCCGUCGAAAGCUGGCCUAUGUUGGCAGUGACAGCACAGAGAGCAAGAAGCAGGUUGAGGUGGAGGUUUACCGCAGAGAUUCCAAGAAGCUUCCUGGCCUCGGAGACCCUGACAUCGACUGGGAAGAGAGUGUCUACCUGAACCUCAUUCUGCAAAAGCUGGAUUAUGUGGUGACUUGUGCUGUGUGCACACGAUCAGAUGGAGGAGAUAUUCACAUUCACAAAAAGAAAUCUCAGCAAGUGUUCGCAUCUCCUAGCAAGCACCCCAUGGACAGCAAAGGAGAAGAGUCAAAAAUCAGCUACCCCAACAUCUUCUUCAUGAUUGACAGUUUUGAAGAGGUUUUCAGUGACAUGACUGUGGGUGAAGGAGAAAUGGUCUGUGUGGAGCUGGUGGCCAGUGACAAAAGCAACACCUUCCAGGGGGUGAUUUUUCAGGGCUCCAUCCGCUAUGAGGCACUCAAGAAAGUCUAUGACAACAGGGUGAGUGUGGCAGCGAAGAUGGCCCAAAGGAUGUCUUUUGGCUUUUACAAGUAUAACAACAUGGAGUUUGUCCGAAUGAAGGGACCUCAAGGGAAAGGGCACGCGGAGAUGGCAGUGAGCAGAGUUCCUACUGGGGACACUUCGCCCUAUGGCACAGAGGAGGACUCAAAUCCAGAAUCACCAGUGCAUGAGAGAGUCACCUCUUUCAGCACGCCGCCAACCCCAGAGCGCAACAACCGCCCAUCCUUCUUUUCCCCAUCCCUCAAGAGAAAAGUGCCCCGAAAUCGGAUUGCUGAAAUGAAGAAAUCCCACUCGGCCAACGACAGCGAGGAGUUCUUCAGAGAUGAUGAUGGUGGAGACCUGCACAACGCAACAAACCUGAGGUCACGGUCCUUGUCAGGAACAGGACGGUCCCUGGUCGGCUCCUGGCUGAAGCUGAACAGAACGGAUGAAAAUUUUCUACUCUAUGCACACUUAACCUACAUCACUUUGCCAUUGCAUCGAAUUUUAACAGAUAUCCUGGAAGUGCGGCAGAAGCCGAUCCUGAUGACAUAGCAGAGCGCGGGGCGCCGCCUUGGAGCCUGUUGCCAAGUGCCUACUACCCGGAGCGGGUUUCUGCGGGAGCGCUACCAUCUAGCGUCCGGAGCGCGAGCCUCCACGGGGAGAGGGACGUCACCAAAC